AGGGGAAGUAAAUAGGGGUGAGAAGUUUCCGGGCAAACGGCAAACUUUUGGAACUUGCAAUCGAGCCGAGAUGUUGGUAACGCGAUGAUUACAAAGAGCGGAAAAAGAAAGAAAUUGUACAUAGAAUCGUCAUAAUGGCACAACAAUAUCGAAGAACUCAGGAUUCAGCCUCCACGGAAUGUUCGAAUCCUGACAUUAGUUACAGUAAUUUUCCAGAAGUGCCUCAGUCAUGUUCUUUAUAUUCUCCUACACCAGAUCAAGCUCAAUCAAGUGCAACAGAAAACGCGAAUCCUUGUCCUGAUAACAAACCUGCUCUACCUCCAAAGCCAUUCCAAGGUCCUCCUACUUACAGAGAACCUCCUGUUCCUCCUGCUCAUAGUGAUUCAAAUCAUUAUCCUGAUGUUUGCAUCAACUCUGCUGCACCUCAACCAAGGACAGUUGUGGAACCUCACUAUGCAUCUCAGAUCACCCACCAUCGAGAGAGGCCUGACCAUUUAGGAACAAGAACUCAUGCUUGGGUUCAGGAACAUAAGACUGGUGGUAAACUUGUUGGUGAAAAAUUGUCUUCCCUUCAACGCAAGCUACGUUCACUAUUGACUCAAUCAUCUACAAAAGAAUCUGUAGAAGUAGAAAAAAGUUCUGUAUCAUUAGAUGGGAAGCGUGGGACUCACUCAUCAACUCCUUCCUGGGGUUUCCAAAGCUCAAAUGAACUUUCACAUAGACCAAAAAGUUUUGGCAGUGUAUUGCAUAAUGUCGGCUCCUCAUCUGCCCAUGACCAACGCAUGAGCUACAUUUCAACUUCAGCAUUUGGUGGUAACAGCAUUGCUCUCACUGCUUCUCGUCCAACUGAACAUAGUCACCACUACCGAGGAUAUCAAUCUCAAUCAGAACGGCACCCUUUUGAAGCUCCUCUUAAUACUUCUGAACCCGAAGAUUCUGCAGAUCCAGAUCAGUUACGAGAUACUUGCAGCAAAUUUUUUUCACGAGAUCAAAGAAUAAGUUGGACAAAUUAUCUGAGUCCUAGAAAUUGUUAUUCAAAUAACAUUAAAUCAUCUUAUGAUUAUGAUAAAUUGGUGCCAAAAGAAGUCAUUGGACGACCUUGUCAAGAGAAGAAACCCGAGAUUCCUUCAAAUUGUGAAGCCAUUUAUGGUGCUGUAACACCUUUUCCCAGCUUUGGAAAGACUUCUGAUGUAACAGUUAAACCAGAUGAGAAAUUAUCUCAUGCACAAGAGGAUUCAUAUUAUUGUAGAAGAACACAAAAUUUGGCUGAACCAAGCAGUCAAGAGGAAACACAAGUAGAUGAAACAAAAGUGCCAAACAAGGAUUGUGUUGAUGCUGCUGAGUCUUUGCAGCCUGGUGCUGCAAAUGACUGCUGUGGUGAUACAAAUGACCUGUAUAAAUCCUCUUCUGAAUCUGGCAGAGGAACAAUGCAUAGCAGCAUGCAUGGCUGUAAAAGUGUUAUAUCUCCUCAUAGUAGUGGUGUAAGUGCUGGUAGCAAUCUUGAUACAAGUCUUGACUCAGAUCAUAGUGCAAAUGGAGCUAUCUGGGCACAACAAAAGCAUAGUAGUGAUGAAAAAAGGUAUGGCUCAGGAGAGUUUCCAACAGAACAACUGAAACAUAUAUAUGAAACACCAAAUACUGCAAUGAAUAGUAGGCAACUCUUGGAGAAAGAGAGGCGAGAACAUCAUGAUGAUAGAACUAGUGAAAGCUUGUCUGUUACACCACCUCUUCCACCUUUAUCCCCCGCUCCCUCACCACCUUUAAGUGCAGAACAUUCACCAAAGCUUUCUCCAAGGGCAAAAUACAAGUUGUCUUUAAGUGCAUCUGCAUUAAAUGGAAACUAUAAUAAAUCAGAACACCAAAAGCAUUGUGAAGCACAAUCCACAAAAUCCACCCCCGGCAAGAAAAGUGGAGUACGACGGACAACAAGUAUCAAUCAAUCUACAUGUAGGCAUCGCAGUGGGAAAACGUAUCAAUGUUCCAAAGCACCUCUUCCUUCUAAUCACAGAUUAGGGAUUUCACAUGGCAAUUGUGGUACAAAAAAGUGUAACAGCUCUCCUCCUUCUAGACAUCAUUCCAAAAAUCAUUUAGCUUUUCCUUCAUACUUGGACAAUAUGGAUCCUGAGUUAACUUCAACUACUACAGGAUUGGAUGUAGAAAGCCUGUUAGAUGAUGCAGAUGAAUACAGCAGCGAUUUCAGUGCAACUGCCAGUACUAUGGAGCCAACGGAAGUAUCUAUGAUUAGAAAACAGCUGGAAGGAUUAGAAACUAUGUACUCAGAAAUCCUUCAUGUUCUUGGUGUUAAAAAUUCCUGCAAAGGGGGUAUGUCCAUGGGAAGUUCCUUAGAUAUGUCAAGGCACUCCAGACGUCGAGUCAAUGGCAGUAUGUCAUCUUUGACGGCUCGUAGCUCAGCAAGUAGAGGAAAUCCUAAUUUUGCAGACAAGAGAGGAUUUUCAGAGAGAAGGCGUGUUAAAGAAUAUAGAACUAGCUCUGCUGGGAAACGUCUUCAACGCUUAGAAAGUCAUGUUGUAACAUUGGCUCGAAGUGUUGCUCACUUAUCAUCAGAAAUGCGCACUCAGCAUGUCCUUGUUCAGGAAUUGGAAAAUAUGAGGCAAGAUGUAACGUGGGUACAGGAGCGAUUGAGAUUAAUGCAACUUGCUCAAGGCUGUCAUCCAAGCAAUGGUGGUGGAAGGAAUCAUCAAUUAGCUAUGCCAAGAGAUUGGGAUAAUUUUCACAAAGAAGUUUUGGAAUUGCUUAACCCUUGUAGAGCAAAAAAACUGACUAAAUUUUUUGGCGAUGAGCCUCCAUUAAUUCGGCAGUUUUUGAAGAGAUUAGGCUAUGAGAAAUAUGCUUCAAACUUUGAAAAUGAAAAGAUUGGAAUUAAAGAGCUACCUUAUUUGACUGAAGAACGCUUGCAAAAAAUGGGAAUCCCAAUGGGUCCACGUGUCAGGAUUCUUCAAGAAGCUCAAUCAUGUUGUCAGCAAAGUCAAUAUAAAGUAUACAUUGUAUGAUACUGUUUAGUUUUCCAUACUGUCUCAACUUUCUCUUAAAUGAAAGUUAAAGUUCAGUUCUUGGAACAUACAAUAUGUAUCUAUAAACUAGAUGCUACUACUUACUCUUGUGUCCAGUUGAUUUGUAUAUACAUAAAAUCGCUCUUCAUAAUCCAAUGUACUUUUGUAUGUGUGUUCUUCAUGUUUCAGAACCGUAAAAAUACAAUUAUGUCUGGAAUAAAUAUUUAUACAUUGUACAAAACAUUGUUUUUUAGGCAAUGGUAAUAAAGAAUUUGUAUUUUUGUACUUGCUUUUUUGUAUUACAUGGUUGCCUGUAAUGUGAAACAUAUCUGUAUUUUGUAAGAUACAUAUCAUUUCAUGAGUUUAUUGCAUUUGUAUUUUAUACAAACAAUUAUCUUGCAUUUUGCCAAUGAAUGUACACUCAUUGAAGUUUUUUAAAAUUAGUCUUUUAUCCAGUUUACAUGGUUUCAUAUGUCACUUUCUG